UUCAUCCAGUUCAUCCCAGGAUCCUCCCAGGGCUCUGAACCGGGAACCUCUUGUGCUUUGCCUUGUGCCUGCCUGUUACGCACGGGUGUCCCAGGCACCACACAGAGCCUGUGUCCCUGUGGGGUUUUGCUCAUUUAUUCCCCUCCACCCAGCAGUGAAACUGUGAAAUGAGCAGGGCUUGGGUGUGAGAACCACUGGAAAGCCACCUUGCCCUGGGAGCCAUCCUCUGAGCUGAGAGCAGGAGGGUCUGAGUGGCAGAUCCUCUGUGCUGUUGGAAAUCCUGGAAUCCCAGACUGGCUGGGAUUGGGAGGGGCCUUAAAGAUCAUCAUGUUCCAAGAGCUGCCACGGGCUGGCAUUAAACAUCCACCUUCACUGGACCAGGCUGCUCCAGUCCGGCAUUAAACACUUGCAGGGAUCCAGGGGUAGCUACAGCAUGUCUGGGCAUCCUGUGCCAGUGCAACAAAUUUUGCAUUUGUUUCCGAUGUUAAUUUCCUAAAUAAGAAGUGUCAGGGUUAAACUUUCACAAUUUUCACACCUUUUGAUCUCCAGUUGUCAUAAAAAGCAGCCUUGGCUUAGUUGGGAUGAGCAUGGAAGAGGUGUUUGCUCACUCCACGGAGCAUCUCAUACUCUGGAAUUUGGGGAUGACUGUGAAAUAGUGGAGUGUUUCCAUUCUAAAAUAUUUCUUCUCUCUUUUUUUUUUUUCAACAAAACCUGUCCGUCCUUUUCCUUCAGUUCAGGAUUUAACGGCUAGACAGGAGUGUAGCUGUGUGUGGCAGUGUUCCCAAAGAGCCCAGGGAUCCCUGCAGAGGCUGCUGGGGAGCUGCAGGGAUGUGCAGCUCCUGUGCUCAGCAGAAUCCAGCCACGUGCAGUUUGUGUUGUUGGUUUGUUUUAGGUCUAGGCCAUGUGAGAGCUGAGCAGGGAUGGAGCAGGACUCACACAUCCCUUGGGAUUUCAAUGGCUCCUUCCACCAGCCUCCAGCUCUGCUCAUGAUGGGCAUCCCAGGCCUGGAAGCCCUUCACCCCUGGAUCUCCAUCCCCUUCUGUGCCCUCUAUCUCACUGCUCUCCUGGGGAACUGCGGGAUCCUGUUCAUCAUCGGGAGGACCCCGAGUCUUCACGAGCCCAUGUACUGCUUCCUGUCCAUGCUGGCGCUCACGGACCUGGGCUUGGCUCUCUGCACCCUGCCCACCACCCUGGGCCUCUUCUGGUUCAACGUGCGCAGGAUUGGCUUCGACGCCUGCCUCACCCAGAUGUAUUUCAUCCACAUCCUGUCCUUCAUCGAGUCCUCCGUGCUCCUGGCCAUGGCCUUCGACCGCUUCGUUGCCAUCUCCCACCCGCUGAGACACGCGGCCAUCCUGACCAAGGCCACUGUCCUGAAGAUUGGUGUGGCCAUUGUACUGAGAGGGAUGGUCUCGCUGCUCCCCAUUCCCUUCCUGCUCAAGAGGCUGAGCUACUGCGGCAGGACGGAGCUGUCCCACUCCUUCUGCUUCCACCCGGACAUCAUGAACCUGGCGUGUGCAGACAUAAAGGUCAAUGUCUUCUACGGGAUGGUCAUUCUGCUAUCCACGGUGGGGAUGGACUUCAUCUUCAUCGUGCUGUCCUACAUCCUCAUCCUCAGAACCGUGGCCAGCCUCACCAGCAGGGAGGAGUGUCUGAAGGCUCUGAACACCUGCGUCUCCCACAUCUGCGCCGUCCUCGUGUUCUUCAUCCCCAUGAUCGGGCUGUCCAUGAUCCAUCGCUUUGGAAAGAACGUUCCUCCCCUCGUUAACACCUUGGUGGCCUAUAUCUACCUCAUCAUCCCCCCUGCUCUCAACCCGGUUAUCUACAGCAUCAAAUCCACCCACAUCCGCCAGGCUCUGCUCAGGGCCCUGUGCAGGAAGCGUGGCUCUGACUGGUAGUGUCCCCCAGCAGCUCUGCCAGAAAGUGAUGAUGGGCUGGGUGUUCUGUCAGAGCUCUGGACUGGGAUGUCUGUCAGAGCUCUGUGACUGGGAUCACUGUCAGAGCUCUGGACUGGGAUGUCUGUCAGAGCUCUGGGACUGGGAUGUCUGUCAGAGCUGCUGGACUUGUUUCCCAGUCAGAGCUCUGGACUGGUCUCUUGGUGCUCCAUCCAUGCAGGUCGCUGCCAGAGGAAAGGCAUGCAGAUCCACUGGGAUGCUGUCCCCCUACCCAGAGCUGUGAACUUUCCUGUUAUGUCCUAGCAUGGAGCUUUCCUCCCUUCCUGCAGACACCCCAGGAUUAAUGACACAUCCAAGCUGAGCACAGAGCAUUUCUCAUUAGGCCCUUUUGAGGGGCACAGAGUACUCUCAGCACUUCUGAAAAACAUACUCAGCCAUCAUCCAUAUGUCCAGGGUGCCGUGUCCAUCCCUAGGGAGAAAACAGCUGCUUGUGCAUCUCUUCUGGAUGUCUUUGAGUCUUACCGGCUUGCCAAGUCUAAUUAAUGUCCCAGUCAUUGUUCUGCAUUGAAUGUCAUGUAUGUGCAGCAUCUGCAAUAAAAUCCAUCUAUUCGUUGUGGAAGGUCAUAAGGUUUGAGGGAGCCUUUCUUUCUGUCUGUAUGGUGUGGAAAGAUUAGGUUGGAGUUGCCUAAAAUCUUCAGGGUGUUCUGCAGAUGAGCAGGACUGCAGGCGUCAGGUGUGUGUCUGGAUGGGCUUGGGGCUGGAAGCUCUCUUGCCAAAAAAACAAGGGUAAUACAAAAACAUUGUAGGGAUGGAUAAACUUCCUGUCACUCAGGCCCACAUGCUGCUGCCUCCCCUCUGAGGUGUGCUGGUGCUGGCUGUGCCCCUCAGCGGGAUGGAGGAGUUCUCCAGGUGGGAGAUCCCAGGUCCCAGCAUCUCCUUGCUUGGCUGGAGGCUGGGUCUGAGCCAGGAUGGCAGAAAGGUUUCAUGGUUCUCCUGGCUCAUGUCCUCCCACAGACACAAUGAAAUGUCCAAAAUCAUGGAACAGAAUCACAGAACCACUAGGGUUGGAAAAGCCCUCCCAGAGCUGUGACUGAUCCCCCACCAGUGCCAUGUCCAGUGGUAAAUAUUUCAUUCCUUCAAAUGGCAGAGCUGUAGUUCUGUUGAUCUCAAGCCACAUUUUGGCCAGUGUUGAGCACAGUG